AUAUUCUACCAUGUAAUGAAGGAAACCUACCCUUCUACACCACCAGUAUGGUUUGCAGAUUCAGAGGAGACUAGUGUUACAAAUGCGGUACAAAUUUUAAGUAAUACCACCGGCCGUGACAACCAUGUCAUUAAUCAAGUUGGGAUUCUCUUGAAAGAAUUAUGUAGACUUCACUCAUUACCAGAACCACCUGACGUCGAACGAUUAAGAACAGCUUUGGAUCCAUUGCGUUUAGGGGGAACAAAUGAAACCGCCGCGCAAAGGAUGGAAGCUGAUGAUGUUGAAGACAUUGAUGAAGAUGAGGAAAGUGAGACUGAGGAAUAUCUUCAUUUAGAUAUGGAUGAGGGAGAUGCAAAUGCUAAGAGUAAGGGUGAAGAGAUGGAUUUAGAACAUUUGGCAACACUAGAAAGGUUGAGACAAAAUCAAAGACAAGACUACUUAAAGGGUUCUCCUUGUGGAAGCGUGCAAGCCACAGAUAGACUCAUGAAAGAAUUACGUGACAUUUACCGAAGUGACAGUUUCAAAAAAGGAAUGUACAGCAUAGAAUUAGUAAACGACAGUUUAUAUGAAUGGAAUAUCAGGCUGAUGUGUGUUGAUCCUGACUCACCUUUACACAGUGAUCUCAUACUUUUGAAGGAAAAAGAAGGCAAAGAUAGUAUUCUCCUCAAUAUGCUUUUUAAGGAAACUUAUCCAUUUGAGCCUCCGUUUGUUAGAGUUGUGCAUCCCAUGAUCUCUGGUGGAUAUGUUCUCAUUGGAGGCGCUAUUUGUAUGGAACUUUUGACAAAACAAGGUUGGAGUUCAGCCUAUACAGUGGAAGCAGUCAUCAUGCAGAUUUCAGCAACACUAGUGAAGGGAAAAGCACGCAUACAGUUUCAAGGAUCUGGUGGUGCUGGCAAAGUAUGUGGCGGACAAGGCCAAUACAGUCUAGCACGUGCACAACAGUCAUUUAAGUCUCUUGUACAAAUACAUGAAAAGAAUGGUUGGUUUACUCCUCCAAAAGAGGAUGGCUAAUGAACAGGAAUCCCG